AUGAAGCCUUCAGUCGCAGAACACUUCCAACACUCUUGCCGCACUACUCCCAUACCAGCACUCCUCGAUGAGCUCGCUGAUCUACACCCGCACCAGCCUCUGGUGUCAAUCCCAUGCGAUAGCCAUGAUGUGAGUGCGGGAUACCGUGACGUCUCCUAUGGUGAGUUCGCGCGUGCCGUGAAUCGCGCCGCCUGGUGGAUCGUCGAGACCCUCGGUUCGCGAAGCUCGAGCUUUGAGGCAUUGCAUUAUGUUGCGCCGCAGGACCUGUCAUACAUGGUGUUAGCAGUGGCGGCUGUGAAGACAGGAUAUAUUACUUUAACAUGUCAUCCGGCAGCAGGCUUGGACACACAUAUAUCUCUUAUCGAGAAGACGAACUGUCAAUAUCUUCUGCAUCCUGCUCCCGGAUUUCCUAAGGCGAAAUCCAUUCUUUCUGCCCAGCCACACAUGAAACCUAUCAUGGCGCCAACUCUCGACUUCUGGCUGUCAGACUCAGACGUCCCUGUCCUGGUAUACCCCUACAACAGGACCCUAGGUGAAGUGCUCCAAACUCCCUUUGCAGCAAUCCACACCUCAGCGACCACCGGGACCGCCAAGCCCAUCUUCAUGACACAUGCCACAAUGAAUCAACAAGCUCUCAUGUAUUUAUGCGCCGAAGACCCGGGAUCGGUGAAUUUCCGGCACUGGCGAGACCAGCGUGUCGCGUAUCUUGCGCCCAUGACCAUCGCAGCGAGCUUCUACACGCUUCUGGGCAUUAACCUAGUUUACAAUCUCACCGUUGUUCUACCGAUUUCCAGCGUCGGGCCCGUCACAGCAGACGUCCUCGACGGCACCAUCCAACACGGCGACGUCCGAUCCGUGAUCGUGAGUCCGAAAUACCUCCGCGAGACAUGCGCCAACCCGUCCUACCUCAACCGUCUCCGCGACCUCUCGCAUCUCGUCGUCGUCGGCGCCCCAUGUCCACUAGACAUCGGGCCUGUCCUUAGCCGAUACGUCCCCAUCACCUACGUCUACGGGUCCUCAGAAGCCAAUGUCUUCCCCAUCCACGUCACCUCCGAUCCCGAGGACUGGGCAUAUCUGAAAUUCGACGAAGUAGCACCGUUUGAAUUCCGGCCCGUGGGACACGGUCUUCACGAGCUGGUCAUUCUAAGAGACGAGAAAAAUAUAGGACAGAGUGCCUUUUACAUGUUUCCCGCUAUGCACGAGUAUCCGAUGAAGGAUCUCUUUCGAAGACAUCCGGAUCCGCGGAAGGCGGGUUUAUGGCGGUAUUGUGGCCGGACGGACGAUUGGACGGAGUCGGAUAGUGUAGGGCAUUUCAUUCCUCGAGAUAUGGAGGUUGUUUUGGAGUCAUGUGCGGCUAUCAAGGGGGCGGUUGUCUGCGAGGAGAGGGGUGGUGGGAUGCCAGUGUUGGUGGAGCUGGAAGAUCGGGUUCUUCAGGAUGGGGAGGGGGUGGGCAGUCAGGAAAAAAGGGAGACAUGGCUGACUGAGAUAUCUGGGUGGAUAGAGCAGGCGAACGCUUUCUCGCCGGUCAAGGGGUGCACCUUGAGGAAUGGGGUCAUCUUCGUCAGUCCCGACAGACCGCUGCCGAGGGGGGUGAAGGGCUAUCCGCAGCGAAGUGCUUCGAAGAGUCUAUAUAGAAGAGAGAUCGAGGAAGCUUAUGCCAGCUGA